AUAAAUUCUGUUCUGCAAGUAUAUCAAUGGUCAUGAGGAUGCCAAAAAGUAUCUACUUUAAGUUAGUUAAUCAAGUGAACUCAUUAAAGCCCUCUGUACGAGAUGUCAGAGAUAUUAUCAGUGAAUAUCCUGGGUAUGCAAUUGCUGAUGUUCGGAAUUUUAUACUGUGCACCAUUAGCCUGAUUACGGCGACAUUGGCACCAUAUACCCAUUCCUUAGGCACGCCUGAUGUUGUAAUACAGUUACGGGGUAUUUUGACGGACGCGGACGCUUUGUUGUCUACCCACAACCCGUUCAUCCCUACUAGACCAGCCACGCCUAGCCAGGAAAAAGAAACAUUGUUAGCAUACACGGACUAUAUAUUGGCACGUUUGAGGUUGGUGGCAGACACAAAUCCGGGGUUUAAAAAGCCAAUGGAUAUUUUAGAAACUUACAGGGAAUUGGCCGAUUGGAACUUACCGUCGCUUUAAAAUGCUCUCCCAUUAUACGUUCAACAGUAUUAGAUCACAGGAAUAUCAGAAGAAAAUGAAGAAAUCCCAUCACUUGAAAUACAGCCCAGAUGCACAGGAUUUAUAUUAUAAAAGAUACAAAGAUGGUGUUUCUAAAGGUCGCCAACACAUACUUUUAGAUAUGGCAGAUGAGGUAGACUUGUCACUGGCUUUAUUAGCUAGAAUUAUACUAGAAAAACAUCUGGCAGUUUCACACAGAGAUGGAGAAAAUAUUUCUAGAAGUUAUUUAACACAGUUAAUGAAAGAGCCAAAUCUUAUCGAAGAUCCAAUUUUAGCUACUGAGAUUAGUCAGUGUAUAUACAGUGAUGAUUUUUAUGGACCUCUAACUGAUAGCAUUAAACAUGCUAUAGGUUAUGAAUAUGAGGUUAAACUUAAAAGACAGCUAGGAAAGUUGGGCCAUUCAUUUAUUGGUGAAGAUCAGAUGAGAUUAAAAGGUUAUGAUAAAACACCAGAUGUCAAAUUAGAAAUACCUAUAGCUGUAGAUGGUUAUAUUGUUAAUUGGAUAGAGAGCAAAGCAUCAUUUGGAGAUGAUUUUACUCAUAAAACUUACCUCAAAGAUCAGUUCUGGAGCUACUGGAACAGAUUUGGACCGGGUAUGGUAAUUUAUUGGUUUGGAUUUAUUGAAGAUUUAGAUGUCAAUCAAGACAAAGGAAUUAUACUGAGACAUGAAUUUCCUGAAAACAUUGUUACAAUGAAUCCUCUUGGUUGAAACAAGAAUCAAGGUUCACUGAAUGUGUACAUAACUCUCUAUAACUUAAUGUGUGUCAACUGUGAUAUAGGAAUGUUCUGUGGCAAAUGUUGAUGAUCAGUCAAAUUGAAAAAUGUGAAAAUAAACUGUAAAUAUUGCCUAGUUUCAAAUUGUAUUUUGAAGUUGGAUGUCCCAACAGAGAAUUUUUCGAAAUACCUGGCAUGGUUAAAAUAGAUGACUCAUAAACUGCACAUUAAAGAGUCCCACAAAAAACAAGAAGUAGAGACCAUGUUUUGGGCACGAUUCAUGAUGGGUUACCAAUGUUUAGAACCGGAUUAAUAUGAAACUUUUACAUGAUGUUUUGACCUAAUCUUCCUCUUUAGCCUGGGCAAAAUUCUUAGGAUUAUGCGUCAUUUUAUUUUGAGAAAUAUUAUAAAACAAAAUAAGACCAUGCAAUAAUUGCUGUAAUUUUUUGUGCCUGGAAAACACUAGAUAGAUGAACACAUUUCAUAUUUAAUUAUAAUUGUUGUUAUGUUGUAAGACUAUCUCAACAAAACGCACCCUCCGUGAAUAUGUAGAGUUUAUUUGUGCUUUAAAAUACAACAAAAUAGUCUUCAUGAAAUCUACAAGUACUUGGAAGGCUGCUUUUUAGUUUUUAAAUGAUCCAAACAUAGCCAUGCAGAACGUGGAAAUAUGUUCACACAACGACAGAGCGUGGAAAUACGUUCAUACAACAGCUAUGUCUUGAAAAAUGAACUAAUGAAAACUUGGAUGGUAACGAAAUUUGAUAAGGAUUGCCUUCAAGAAAUCUAAACACUAUCAUGUUAAGAUUUUCCAGGCACGUAAUAUAAGUUGAAACUGUCAAAAUGUAUCUUUGUGCAUUGUGAACUCUGUUAAAGGUUAUUUAAGAGCUCCCUAACAGCGUUUCAUUAAGACAAUUUGAAACAACUUGAUAAAAUCAAUUUUCAGCUAAUACAAAAUGAAAACAUGGCACCAAACAAAUACAUAACUGAUACGAAUUCCAAGUACACAAUACCUCUAGGGAAGCCGCAAACUCGAGGCAACUGUAUUAUAUAGAUAGUGCUUUAAAUAAUUAAUAAAAUACUUCUAUAUUUAUCAAUUAAAAUAAACGGUAUCUUUUCAUCAUUCAUUACAAAAUUCACUAUCUAUAAAAGAGUUACAUCUGAUAACAUUGUAUACCGGUUCGAUUUUUUUGCAAAAAUAUUAAAGUAGCAUCGUU